AUGGAUGGUGCAGCGGCGGCGGCAACCGGAAGCGGUGGCGGCCACCGCCGCAUGGACUCAAGGAUCGAGGAGCAUGGGAAGUACCUGUCGGAGUCGAGCUGCUGCCCACAGUGCGGCCACAAGACCGACCGGAAGCUGGACUGGGUGGGGCUGCCGGCGGGGGUCAAGUUCGACCCGACGGAUCAGGAGCUGAUUGAGCACCUGCAGGCCAAGGUCCGGGCUGCUUCGGCGGCGGCGCCGUCGCACCCUCUGAUCGAUGAGUUCAUACCCACCAUUGAGGGGGAGGACGGCAUAUGCUACACCCAUCCUGAGAGACUGCCAGGUUUGACAAAGGACGGCCGGAGCAGGCACUUCUUCCACCGGCCAUCCAAGGCUUACACCACCGGCACUCGCAAGCGCCGCAAGAUUCAGUCGCGGGCCGCCGAGGCCUCGUCGUCCUCCUCCGCCCUGCCCGCGCAGCAGCAACAGCAAAAGUGGAGCGAGACGCGGUGGCACAAGACCGGCAAGACGCGGCCGGUGGUGGUCGCCGGCCAGCAGCGUGGGUGCAAGAAGAUCCUGGUGCUCUACACCAACUUCGGCAAGAACCGCAAGCCGGACAAGACCAACUGGGUGAUGCACCAGUACCACCUGGGCGACAAAGAGGAGGAGCGCGAGGGCGAGCUCGUCGUGUCCAAGAUCUUCUACCAGACGCAGCCGAGGCAGUGUGGCGGCGUGGCGGAGCCUGCCGCCGCCGCCGCCUCCUCUGACACAGUGGAGGAGGCUGCUGCUGACCCACCGGUGCUGGAGGGCAUGGUAGCACCACCACCAGAUGUCGCAGUCGUCGCAGGUGCCUUCCACGGCGCUGCUGGCAUUGACGAGUUCAACUUUGCGCAGUUCAGGAGCAGCUUCGAGGAGGUGGACGUGGGAGCAUCAGUUCAGGUUUCGGUGAGGGAUGAUGAGGAAGUGCAUGCAGGGCAUCCUAACCUUCACCAGGAGCAUAAUCUUCACCAGCAUCAAUUUGGCAACCAGGAGCAACGACAGCGCAUGGCUGCAGCUGCUGCAGCAUUCCACAUCAACACACCAGCGGAGCCUAUCACCACGAUGAUCACCUCGUCGCCGGUGGUUCACCAUGGUUCUGCCAUACUUCAACAUCCAGAUGGAUAUGGACAUGGCACGACUUAUCGUCAUCAUCAGCAGGAGGACGAGCAGCUACACCAACAACCUCAAAAUUUUGAUGGACGGUCAACUGCUGGGCUCGAAGCGGUGAUCAUGGGAUGUACUUCAAGGAGGUCCAAAAGAGGGGAAGCAUCUGGUUCAGGUGGUAACAAGGAGAGCACAAGAUGGCCGUACCCAUCCUUCUGGCCAUCUGACAGCCAGGAUCAUCAUGGGUAG